UCCAACUUUGUUUUGGCUUUUCAGUUUACAUGAACAAUGACUGCUAGUGUGUAAAUUGCACCAAGAACAUGCCACUGCAAGAUUUUCCUCCAGUUUAUUUCUUCAGCACAUUCUGAAUCCACAGUUAAUCAACUACUGACUUGGGGACACUGGCUGUGUGCUGCAGAGGGAUCCAGCUAUGGAAGAAGCAACGUGGUCGCUGCUGUGGAACGUGACUGACGAGCCCUUAAACAUGACGGAGACGGCAAUGAACUACAGUGACAACCGCAGUUUGAUUGACAGAGCUGUCCAUGAGGGAUGUACCACCUGGCACCCAGUUCAGAACUUCAUUCUCCCACUCAUCUACUUGGUGGUCCUGUUCGUAGGACUCUUUGGCAACUUCAUUGCCCUUCUCAUUUUCCUUCAGAAUGCCAGGAAGAUCAAAAAAGCGAUCCGAGUGUACCUGAUUAAUCUUACGCUGGCAGACAUCACGUUCAAUGCCACUCUGCCUUUCUGGGUGGUUUAUUACUUUAAAGGUGGAGACUGGAUCUUCUCAGAAGCCAUGUGCCGGAUGGCGGGAGUGUUCUACUAUGUGGCGACGUACAGUGCCAUGACCUUUAUGAUCCUCAUUAGCAUUAACAGGUACUGCACGGUACGAAUGACAAAGCUCCCGAUCCCUUUGAAUGAACCGACGGGAUCUCUGUACACCUGCAGCUUCGUCUGGAUAUUUUGGUUAGCUUGUGGCGUUCCUGCAUUGAUGCAGCGACAAACAACCAGGUGGGGACUUAACGCCACAAGAUGUUUCGAAGAAUACUCUGACAGAAGUAGUUACGUGUAUGCAUCUUUCGUAUUCUUCCUCAUAUCCUUCUUGUUUGUCCUACUGAGCUACGUUUCAAUUAUGAAAACUCUUUCCUCCCAGGGGAAUGCUCUGAAGGGCAUUCAUCGAAGGUUGGCUAGGUCUAUGGUACUAGGAAUGCUUAUUGUAUUUUUGGUCUGUGUUUUACCUUACCAUGUUUCCCUAAUCCCCUGGGAGCUAAGCAGGGCUAACUCCAAAGAGGCAGCUGGCUGCUCCCCUCUCAAAGGCAUAGACAUAGUGCACAAAUUGAAUUUGGCUUUGCUGAGCGUAAACAGCUGUGUUGACCCCAUCAUCUACUGCUUCUCCGUGAAGAGAUUUCGCCGAGAGUUGAUCAAGAUAUUCAGGAAACUGGUGCGCCGUUUGCCAUUUCAGCCACAUAUGAUCGAGCCUUCAGAGACUCACAUCAGGUCAAAUUCACUCACUACCUCGUAAACUUCAAGUUGAUGAGAACUGGCAUCACAUCUUAAGUGAUGUGUCAGCAGUCAUUUCAUUCCAGCUCAUGUAGAAUACCUGAGGCCUUCCAUGAGUGAAAUUACUGUCAACUUUAUUGUUAUAAAGCACCCACUGGGGCUCUUUCCAUUUGCGCCCAGUACCAAAUGAAACUUGACGGCUCAAAAGAUGGUUUGUGACACUUUUGGUGAUGGAAGGACAGAUUCUCAUCUUCUAUUGUUAAUGUAUUAAAAUGCAAACAUGGACAUUCUCAGUAUUUAUUGCCACCUUCUGUGCCUGGAGCAUCAAAGACUAAAAUAUGGCAUAUCUGUCACAUUGAUAGUUUUGAUGGGGCAUUGCCUACAUAAUAAUGUAUUGGGGAUAUUUUGGUAUGGGAAAUUUUCCAAAAAAGUUUACCACUUUUAAUGUAAUAUGUGAAAAGGCAAGAAAGGCACAAAGUGCUUGUAUCUAGUGUGGGAGUUCUUUGUCGUCAUGGCUCCUAACAUAAAUAUUCCAUUCCUGAUAACAUCAAGGAAUUGCAAUUCAAUGCAUGACACUCAUAUUUUUCUCCAUUGCAAACAAUCAUAGUCAUAUUGGUUUCUUUGAAAUGUAGUUUGCGAGCUUAAUUUUGUGACACUUUUGAACACAAAGUGCUUCUGUUUGUGUUCUGUUACUUUUUUAGAGCACUGAUAUAUUUAUGUUUUUGUUUGUACACUUCUAAAUCUUGACCUUGACUUUGCUUAAUUAUGGAGCGUAAAGUAAUUAACCCAAGAUUCCAGGCUUUCAGUUGUUAAUGAGAAUUCUAUGAAGCCUUAUUGAUUAUGUGGUUGAUACAUGCAAAUGAAAGCUUACACACUAAGUGUAAAACAAAUCUGCAACUAUUUAUAGAAGAAAAAAAUCAGUUGCUGAAUAAUUUGAUGCAUUAAAUAUGUGCUGGUAUUUUCUUCCCCAUACACCAUCCAGUCCAUUACCACUCUCCCACUCACUCACCAUAUGCUGAAUAUAUUUCAAGCUAUCAGCUAACUUGGUUUCACAGGAGAUUUGACACUUCGCCUCAACAAUACGUUUGCAACAUACGAGCUUCCUUGCUCUGCACUUAAAGGCAAUUCCUUGUUAUAUUUUCUUUAAUACUUUUUGCUUUUACUUUAAGUUUGUAUUCUAUGUAUAAUUUUGUUAACAUAUCCACACUAUGGAAUUCUGAAGACCUCUUUUUGGACAUUGAGGCUCUGGUGAGAUAUAUUACAUUUUUUCAAAUGAUUUUGCAUUUCUGUGUUCUCAAGACCAUGACAAUAAACCUAUAUUGCACCUUCCUGAUUGUUUUAUUUUUCCAAGAAGAAUUUUCCCCAAUGAUCCAUCUAGAUUAUGUGCCAACUCAUCUUUGUCCGAGUUCAAAACCAAGAAAAACAUAUCAGGGCAGAGAAUUCCACAGAUGCAAAAAAGUUAAGUCUUUAGAUUUCCAGUAUCUGCAGUUGUUUAUUUAAAGGUUCAUUUUGUGUGGCAUUCUGACUGAUGACAUCUUCCAGUCAUUCAUAUAAUGGUGGAUAUGUGCCAAAAAACCAAGCGCCCGCACAAACAAAUUGGAGAUUUGACCUCAAAUCACAUAGUUUGUAAAACCUUACCUACAAUCAUAAAAAAGUAGCAUGUGACUCACUAAUGACCUUCAAAGAAGGAAAUCUGCUGUCUUGCUUUGGCUUAGUUUUAUUGGUGAAUCCAGACCUUUUUGCUUGACUCCUAAACGUGCUGAAAUGGUUCAACGAGUUCAAAGGUUGCAACAAAUACUGCUUUGCCACCAUGCAUAGGUACCCGGAAAUGAUAAUUUACAUACAAAUACAGAGCACGACCAAGAAUAACAUCUGGAAGGAUUGUUUCAACUCUAUAGAGGAUCAAGCCCUGAUCACAAAUGGAGCAUUUCCAGUAACCAUGGCAAUGUAGCUUCCUAUAUUCCAGCUGAAGUUUAACAUCAUUGAGAAUCAAUUAAUAGUUUUGGUUUGGAAAAUACAUUUUCAAAAUAACAUCAACCACAUUUUACUUUAUGGAUCCUGAUAUUUGCACCCAAAAAUGUAAAAUGUCAGAUAUUUGAGAUAAUUGACAACGAGUGUACAGGUUAGGGUGGUAUCAUGAGUAUUGAAUAGAAGAUCAAAGCCAUUUAAGUUCUAUAAUUGAACCAUUAUAAGCUACAUAGCAGUAUGUACAUUAAAACAUAGGCCACACCUACUUCACAGGUAUCUGUGAUCCAAGCAUGGUUAGAGAAUGAGAAGUGCAGUUACUGAACAGGAACAGAUGGCCAUUGAAAUUUGGGAACUUUGAUAUCUGCCCUUUAAACAGAGAAGUAAAAUAGGGAAAUUCCUACAAAUACCAUUUUAAUAAAUAGAAGAAAAUCUGAAAAGACAAUUUCCAACCAAGCCAAAAUGUACAAAUAAUUUGUGGCCAGAAGUGUGAUUAAUACAACCUGGAUUAACAAUGAAUAUUUCUAUGUAAAAUGAUACGAUAAGAGAACCAAAAUGUGGCACUUAGGAACUAUAACUUAGAUGUAAUUUGUUCUUGUGUGGUUACACCAUUUCAUUGGUUUAAUGCUUGUUGUUCUUACAAUUGCUGUGAAUUGCAUUGUAAAUUAUGCCUUGUAUUCUAAUCUUGCUG